UGCAAAGUACCCCGCGCUUGGGCAGUAUUGCAUGGCUGACUUUGUGCCUCGUCUCUUUCCAUAGUGUGUACCUUCCAUGCGUUUAAGUCAAGGAGAAAUUAUUACCUUCUGGUUUUUCGAAACCACCUUAUAUGUCUUUUAUUGAUCAAAAGAUUUCUACUCAGCAAGUCAACUAGUUUUCUACCAGUCAAGCCUUGUACAGGUGUAUCGUUACUGAGAAUGAACAGCCAAGCCUUGAGCUUCGCCAGUCCCGAACAGCCUCAUGUCGCGAUCCAAACACCACCUCGCUGCCUGCAAUGUGGCGAAAGAACUGGUAUAGGCUUUACCCUUCCAUCGAAUGAGAACGGCAAUGGUUAUCGUCCAUACUACACUUGCUCCAGAUGUGGAAGAUUCUCCUGCUUCGGAGAUAUGCGAGGCGUAUUGGCGGAAAAUCCCACAUGUUUCUGCAACGAUGGUAUGCAAUUCAGCAGACGUGUUAUAUCAGGUGCAGAGGGCAGAAGAGCUGGAAUUCCGCGGUCAAUUUUUUACCAUUGUGCUACUGGGGGUUGCCACUUCUUCGAGUAUAUGACAAAUGACUGGGGCGAAAUUUUGAUUUAUUCUGGCCCAGCCACCAGACGCGAGUUGAUAUUUGAGGGGUUCUGAAGAGCCUGCCAAGCACGAACCCAAGAGAUACAGGCCGGCGGGAUAAAUGAAGGUGCCUCCAUUUAUACCAUCGCUUCUUUCGCCAGUACGAGAAGUCAAUCUGGAUAGCGUGGUGAAGCCGCACCUUGUGGCUGAUCCGGAUCCU